AUGUCAACCGUAAACCGGCUUCGGUGCCUGGAGAAGCUUGGCGAGGGUACCUACGGAGUUGUGUUUAAGGCCAAGGAGAACGCCACGGGGCAUAUAGUGGCGGUGAAGCGCAUGGUGAUCAGCGGGGAUGACGAGGGUGCGCCCGCCACCGCCAUUCGCGAGGUGUGUCUGUUGAAGGAGCUCAAGCACAACAACAUCGUCGCGCUGCGUGAUGUGCUCUUUGAUCCGCCUAAAGUGACGCUCAUCUUUGAGUACUGCCAGUACGACCUCAAGAAGUACAUGGAGCAGCACGGCAACAGGAAGAAGGUCACAGUGCUGCAGGAGACACAACAGAUCAUGAAGCAGAUGCUCCUAGGGCUGCGCUACAUGCACCGCCGCCACGUGGUGCACCGUGACCUGAAGCCGGAGAACAUAUUUAUCAACAUCGACCGUGCCGCAGAGGGCACAGGCAACGUUGCGGUGGAGGCCGCUGCAGCACCUGCGCUAGAGAAGGGGGCAACUUCGCCACCUGCCCAGGCGGAAGUGUGUGGAAGCGGCGGCAAACAACUGGCAACAGACAGUGGUGCCAAUAACGCCGCGGACGCUAGUGACGCUGCGCAGUUAAUUGUGAAGCUGGGCGACUUUGGGCUGGCGCGGGUGGAGAACAUUCCGGUGAAAAAGUACUCCCACGACGUGGUCUCGCUCUGGUACCGUGGCCCCGACGUGAUGAUGGGGACGGCCCUCUACGGCUUUGCCGUUGAUAUGUGGUCUGUCGGCUGCAUCUUUGCCGAGAUGAUCACGCAAAAGCCGCUGCUAAACGGCCGCACCGAAGUCGAGCAACUUCUGAAAAUUUUUUGCCUUCUUGGCACACCCACCCUGGAGACGUGGCCCUCGCUGCCGAGCUACCCAAAGUGCAGGCAGAUGAUUGACGCAAUGACCAAACUGGCGCGCGAGCGACUCGUAGCAGUGGGCCCGAAUGCCAAGGAACAACAACAACAGCAGCAGCAAACCAAGGGGAGCCAAGCGGUGCAGCGGUGCAAGGAGCACCCAUGCGGCGUCGAGCGUCGUGGCGGCGACAUUUUCGUGACGGGGCAACAUCUCAGGCGACCGUUCAAUAGCGCCAACAGCUCCAACAGUAGCGGUUUUCAGGAGCUGCUUCGAAAUGAUUAUAAUUUCCCUCCCGAGUUGUGUUUUCGGCGCACUCUUGACGACUACCUGGAGAAGUCGCGCUUUCGCGAGAUCGCUGGCGAGGAGGGGAUAGACCUGCUGCGAAAGCUGCUGUGCUACGAGCCGUCGUACCGCCUGACCGCCCACGAGGCGCUGUUGCACCCGUUCCUGAAGAAUGUGAAGGCGCCAGUGCAGCGCAAGGUAGACAUGAUGUGUGCGAUGCUGAGACAAACGCUAGAGGAGCAUCGACUGCUGGAUGUCUGUGGCGUGGAGUAA